UCACAUAUAGAGGGACUUAAAUAGACUCGGUGAAUCAAGGCGCUGUCGGAGAGUGAUUCAAGUGCUUUUUCCCAUUAAAACCAUCAUAUAAACGUCUUUAAAACCAUGGGAAACCCUAAAGUUUUCUUUGACAUCACUAUAGAUGGAGCUAACGCCGGCAGGAUUGUAAUGGAGGUAAGAAAACAGCACAUUUUCUACUUCAUAUUUGUUUAAAUUGUACUUUGUUAAUCAUUACAGUCAGAUAUUUGCACAUUAACAUCCUCCUGUGUGGUUUAAAAAGCCUCACAGUUCAGUGUUACAGUACGCCAACUUCUCUCCUGCAGCUUUCAGGCUUCCAUCUUGAUCGUCUCUGUCACAUAAUUAUUUAUUUGAUACCUUGAUAUAAUAGGAUUAAUUACAUAAGGACAGAUAACAGCAAUUACAUCAUAGAGAAAUCCUCCAGGGUGAUCAUGCUGAGGUGGAAACGCCCAUCAGCAGCAGCAGCAGCAGCAGACACGGAGCUGCAGUUAUUUAUAAUGAGCAGAGCAGGCUGUACAUCAUGGACAUGGACAUGAUCUCAAACACCUCUGAACAUUAAAACAGUCAGAUAAUUAUACUAAACUAAACGAACAAUAAGGUGAUACUCUAUUUUAAGGCUCAAAUCUCUGUUUCCAGCUGCUCCCAUUUGAGAAUUUCUUGAUUUAUCAUGAUAGAUGUUAAGAUGUCAUGGAUUUUUACUUUGAACUUUUUGAUGCACAAGAUUUGACAUUUAAAUGUGUAAAAGAAACUGCUGAUAAAUAAUGACUUUAACGUAAAUUAAAGGGGCAAAGAGACCCCUAAAUGGCACAGGACUCACUACUUUGUGAGCAGAAUAUAAUUUUCUUGUAGGUUAAGUAAUUUUGCAUGCACAAGUUUGUGUCUUUUUUUGCAUUUUAUUAAGUUGCUAUUUGAAAUACAGUAAAUAAAUACUUGUUUCUGUAAAAUUGGGGUGCACAAGUUUGUAUUCUGUAUGCAUUAAUUCAUUAACCUGUGGGAUAUAAUUAUUAUCUUGUGCUUACAAUGUAGUUAUCUGUCAGCAAUAAAUAAGUAUCUUGAGCACAAUGUUGUUAUCUUGGAGGAGCACGUUGUGUUUUUGUGUACAAGAUAUUAUCUUAUUUGCUCAAGAUGAUUGUCUGCUAACAAAAAAUUAUUGCAGUGUUGUCACAAGUUGACAUCAUAUGUACACAAGCAGUGGAUUUUUGUCUUUUCGAACUGUGGAGUCUGUAUUAUCAAACUUUUCUGUUUAGUUUGCAGAGAUUUAAAUGUCUUUUUAUGAGCUCAUUUUUUAUUUUUAUUUCUGCAGUUAUGGAACACCUCAUUGAGUCUUUAGUUCAUUUUUAACUGAUGAAAUUGUCGUUUUUCUGCAGCUGCGGGCUGAUGUGGUGCCAAAAACUGCAGGUAGGUGACUUAUUCUUUAACAUAAGACCGGUGUUUGGUUGGUAAAUGGCGCUCCCUCAUUAAUCCUCAGCUGAGAAGUUCCUCUGAAUGUGGGUCGAGGCUGUGGGUGCAGUAGGGUGUGAAAUCAUUCAUCAAAAGAGCCUGAAAGUCCCAGGGAUACAAAAAGAUCUGCAAGGUGGCAGAAAGAAAAUGUCAUGAGUGGAUAAUUUUCUCCAGCUUUUACAUACACUUUUCAAUAAAACAGGAGUUCUAUAGAUAUAAAACUGUGAUUAAAAAGAGAAAAAGUAUGGCUCAAGAAAACUUAGUGAUGUUUGUGUUUACUGGGGUAAAAAGAUAUGCAACUUUUACACUCCAUCCAUCAUUGCAUAGCUUCACAAAACACUCCUUUUAUAAUAGAUUAGAAUUUGGAGUGGAAAUUUGUGUUUGAGGAAAGUGUCACCGUGUGGUAAGUUUUUUUUCUGUCCUGCAAGUGAACAUAACCCUCCUGCAUGAUGCAUCACUGCAGACUGAGUCUGUCCCACUUAGCCUUUGUUAGUGAUGUGACCUCGUUUCUGAAUAAGUGGCCUAUAUGCUUUCUCUCUGCAAAUAUUGUGAAAUGCAGUACUUUUAAUGGUCAUAUUUUCUUGAGAGGACUAGAUACAUUAAUAUGAUAUCUUAAUGGGUUGAUACAGUUUGACAAAAACACAUCAUCUAAUUUAAAUUGUUUUUAUUCUGAGUGAUUGAUUUGUAGAGCUGUUUUUUAAGAAUUAUCACAGAAUUUCAAUGAUUAACUGCGAUUUUCUUAAAAGAAACCUCUAAAUUAACUAUAUAAAAUAAUCUUUACUGGAGUUUCAAUUUAAGAAACAAACAAAUGAAAUAAGCAUAUGUCAUGAUCGUCACUUAGGUUUUAGAAUUCAAAUAAAUGCUGCACCUGUGUGGUCUGAAACCCAUUCUGUUAGCAGAGACGGCUUCAGAUUGUUGGCAAGAUCGUUUUUGUAUUUUAAAGCGUCUAAGGAACUUUUUGUUAGUGUCAGUUCUGGCGCCCCCUCUGGACAAAGCAGGGUUUUUUUUUCCUGACUUUUGAUGUUUAAAUUCAUCCCAAAGCGAGGAGUUCCACUUUUGGUUGCUUUGUUUCUGUGAUAAUUUUUGUUCUCUGCAGGUCUGUUGUGAUGAGCGUACUAAAUCACGCUCUGCAGACUUUUGUGAUGUGAUUCCCGCUCACAUCAGUCUGAGCAACAGGCUAAAAAUAACAGGUUAAAACUUUUACUGAUGCCUCUUUAUGACCCUCAAAACCAAAGACCAUCUGCAACAAGUCCGAUAUCUCCACAGUUGUAAAUUUUGAAGCUCAAAACGCUGUCAGCAGGUUGAUGUCAGAUGUCCGACAAUCCUCGGCUAAUGUAAAAGACUUCAGAGUUUCUUCAGGAGUUUCAGUUCGGACUGUUGCAGAAUGUUUGUUUUAAAGUUUUAGUUUUAACAGGUAUAGUUUUUGUCUGAAAAGACUAUUUUCACUAGCCUGGCUGGGCCAUCCUGUUGCAUGAAUCACUUGCCGUUCCUUCCCACAACAGUCUGGACUUCGGCCCAUUGGGAGCGUGUAUUAGCGAUCAGAAAAUAACCGGGCUAAUCAGUGACUGUGUUUCCACUGUUUCCCGGACAACAGGGAAAGGCAGCCCCUGAUUGGUCCAUGUGUAGAUGGUGACGGCUAACACAUGCUGCAGGACUUUUCAAAGCGCCGUUCAUUCAGAACGCCGUAAAUUCUGCCGUUGACUUUGCAAAGUCAACUGCAGAAUUUACGGCGUUCUGAGUGAACGGCGAACAGUGGCAACACAGUCACUGAUUGGCCCAGUUAUUUUCUGAUCGCUAAUACACGCUCCCAAUGGGCCGAAGUCCAGACUGUUGUGGGAAGGAACGGCAAGUGAUUCACGCAACAGGAUGGCCCAGCCAGGCUAUGUUUUCACAGGGAUGUGACAAGAAGUAAGAGGUAUCACUUUGUCCACAGGGGAUGCCAAAAUGAACACAAAUCCGGAAGUUCCUUCUAGCGGCCUUAAAGAUAUUUAAAGGUUUUAUUCCCAUUUGACAUGAAGUGCAGAUUACUUUAUUGUAUUACUUUAUUAUAGUCUUUUGGGACUUUUUAAAGUGUGAACGACUUUUAUAGCAAUAACAAAAUUUACAGUAAAUAAUAGAUAAAAUUAAUGAAUUUGAGAGAAUAUUUUAUUGAAUGUACGUGGAUGAAAACUCGACCUCUGGUAUUAGAAACUUAGAGGACCUGAAUCAGGUCUGGAUUGUGGCGGUGUAGUGUGAGUAUGUUGUUUUGCUUGGUUUCAUAUAUUUAUUCAUGUUUCUGUGGCGUCUUUAUCUUACAGAGAAUUUCCGUGCCCUCUGCACCGGAGAGAAAGGUUUUGGUUACAAAGGCUGCUCGUUUCACCGGGUCAUCCCAAAAUUCAUGUGUCAGGUACGGCGAAGGAGAGGAGUCAGUCAUGUGUCUCUGGAUCAGAUUUAACGCUUAAAGAACUGAACUUUUGAGUUUUUAAUAUUCUGUUUUCCAGGGUGGAGACUUCACCAACCACAAUGGGACUGGAGGGAAAUCCAUCUACGGGGAGAAGUUUGCUGACGAGAACUUCCAACUGAAGCACUCCGGCAUGGGCACUCUGUCCAUGGCUAACGCUGGACCCAACACCAACGGGUCCCAGUUCUUCAUCUGCACAGCUAACACUGACUGGUGAGCCGAAAUGUGACCUGCAUACAGCUGUAUUCAAGCUCAGUGAGGAGUCUCUGUCUGUUUCUCAUACUAAUCAGCCUGUUUCUCUCGUUUCAGGCUGAACGGGAAGCAUGUGGUGUUUGGCAGUGUGGUGGAGGGCAUUGAUAUCGUCAAGGCGAUGGAUAAGCAGGGCACAAAGAGUGGCACUCCUAAAGCCAAGGUGGUCAUCGCCGACUGUGGGGAGCUUAAAUAAGCGCAAAGAAAAGCCCCCUCAGUUCAGGCUGUAUGUGAGAGGUGUUUCCUUAAACAUCCACUGACCUGUUGAUCCGUUCGUAGACCUCAAACCCCUGAAGAGCCACUUCCUUCUCUGAAGAUGUUUGUCUUUUGUGUGAACCUUGUCAUAUUUUGUACCUCUCAGUCUGUGUUUGUUCAACUAAUUUAUUAACAAAAGCCAAACAGAGUGAUGUGAGUGAUGGUGGUCAAUGUAAAUAAAACAACAUGACAGCAGCUCGCUCUGUGCUCAGCCUCUCAUUUAAAUAAAAAAAAUCCAUAUCUCUUUAUACACUGAACUGGGUCCUCUGAGUAUCAGGAGACUUGUUUAUUAAGAAGAAGAAGAAUUAAGUCCGCCUUCCUUCAUUAUAUGAAUUUAAAGCCGAAUUGCUCUCAGUAUUUUCGGGAUUUUCUUCACUUCCUGGAACCAAUUGGACAAAAUUUUCUAUUUGUAUUCUGUGCAAUUAAUUUCUAAAGUUGUUUUCAUAACUCCAUUAAGUUUGCUGAUGGAGGCGGGAUUUAUGACCUGUACUGCAGCCCGUCACCAGAGGGUGCUGCUCCCGCCAAGGCUUCACCCAGCAAGGAGGCAGACGGCGUCUAUUCUAUAAACAUGUGUUCCUCCACUGAAGAUGUUUGUCUUCUGUGUGAACUCUGUCAUAUUCUGUACUUCUCAGUCUGUGUUUGUUCAACUAAUUAAUUAACAAAAGCCUUCUCUUUUAUAAGGUAAAGAAUUUAAAGAGUUUUCUUAGGCAAAAAAGGAUUUAAUAAAAAAUAUUAAAAUCCUUUUCCUUUGAUUGAAAAGUAUAAUAAGGUAGAUCAGUACUAUCAAGAUAGAGAUUUGGUUUAAUCAUUUUCUUAUGAGAACCAAGUCAUGUUACAGGGACUAAGUUGUUUAUUUAGCCAAUAAUUAGUCACAUGAUGCUGUUUGAAGGUCAUCUCAGUCUUUUCAGAGCCCUAAUUCUUGUUUUCCGACCGUCUUCUCUUUAUAUAGAAACUUAAACUCUUUAAGGAAUAUCUCUAAAUGUGGUACUUAAACUGUGUUAAAACUGAGCGUUUUCAUGUUAUUUCUUCGUUAUUGUAGUUGACACCUUUAACCACAAGGGGGCAGUGGAGGGUUACAUGGAACAGAUUGAAAAAGACAGAAAACAUGCAGCUGUAUAACUAAACCCAAACUUCAGGUGUUGAUCCACUAGGUGGCGUCCAAACAGCUUCAGUCAACCUCUGCAUUGGAUGAUUUUCUCUCUAACUUCACAUGUGAAACUUCAAGAUCCUUCAAUAUUUUUAGACUUUUUACUAUUGCAGAAAUCUUUUUAGGUCACUUAAAAAAAGAGUAAAAGCAGAAUAAGUCAUUUUUAUUUUGCACAUUUGACAUGACAUGAAAUGAUGUUUUUCUCUCUAACUGUAAAUGUGGAACCCGAGAUUCUUCAAUAUUUAUUUAUUUUUUUCUAUUGCAGAUAUUUCAAAGUUUCUUAAAAAAGAGUAAAAGCAGAAUAGGAGUAACCCCCAUCAACUAACAAAGGAGUCCUGCGGCGACAAACACUGUUUAGUUUGCAUGGUUGUAUGUUGUUACAUUUAAAAUUGGAAAACUUUGUUCAUAAUUUAGUAGAUUAAAAUUACAUUGUGUGAACUUCAAAA